AGAAAUUCUUCCUGUAUGGAUCGGCCUUCUAGUGAUGGUGAAACUGGAAGAAGACCACUCUAAGCAAACCCAGGAUGAGUCGGGCGCCAGGUGAUGCAGAAAAUGCUCACGGUAGCAGUGUGGAAUCCUGUCCUUCUUUGCGGGAUGUCCACUCCAUCAACCCAGCGCAGCUGAUGGCAAGGAUUGAGUCAUAUGAAGGCAGAGAGAAGAAAGGCAUAUCCGAUGUCAGAAGGACGUUCUGUUUGUUUGUUACAUUUGAUCUCUUAUUCAUAACCUUGCUCUGGAUAAUAGAAUUAAAUGUAAAAGGAGGCAUUGAGACUACCUUAGAGAAAGAAGUCCUACAGUAUGACUACUCUUCUUCAUAUUUUGAUAUAUUUCUACUGGCAGUCUUUCGAUUUAAGGUGUUAAUACUUGCAUAUGCAAUGUGCAGACUGCGCCAUUGGUGGGCAAUAGCUUUUACAACAGCAGUGACCAGUGCCUUUUUAUUAGCAAAAGUAAUUAUUUCACAGCUGUUCUCACAGGGUGCUUUUGGCUACGUGCUGCCCAUCAUAUCCUUCAUACUUGCCUGGAUCGAAACCUGGUUUUUGGACUUCAAAGUGUUACCGCAAGAAGCUGAGGAAGAAAACAGAUUUUUGAUAGCACAGGAUGCUUCCGAACGAGCAGCUCUUCUUCACCCAGGAGUCCUCUCUGAUGGGCAGUUCUAUUCUCCUCCUGAAUCUGUAGCAGGUAGUUAU